AAUUAUUAUGCACUUAUUUUAUUGUAAAAUUUUCAAUUUGCUAUUUACCAUGUUGGUACACAGUGGAAAGCGAAUGCGGUAAUCGGUUUGAAGUGUUGUGCACUAGAAAAUACUUGCAUUCCAUUUCUUUGAGGAAAUGUUAGAUAGUUUAGUCCAGGUAGAAUGUAAUUAAACAAAUGUACCUGUUGUUAUAUUAAUUCUAUAAUUUUUUUUCCGAUCCCAAAAGAUUGCUUUUAGUCGGGCUAUUGUAUAGAGUAUUCAGUACCGCGGUGGGGGUAUGUAGUCUUCUCGUUGCUAUCGCGCUGACGCAUUGGCCUUCUGGGAUCCUCUUGUGGAUUAUGCUGGGCAGGUAAAGGACGUACGUGUGUGUCUUGUGGAAGAAUAUUUUUAUUCCGCUGAAAAUGCUGCGGAAAUAUUCGUCUUUGCUCAGCCCAAUUUUUAAGGUGAAAAACAUAGUGGAAAAUGUUCAUAACAAAAGAGAGCUAAAUCUAGUCCUACGAAAUUCUGAGCAUAAACUGUCUUUGUGCCGCGAUGUUCUGCGGACAACACCCUCCAGAAACUUCCAUUGGAGUUUGCCACGUAGCAAGAGAGAAGAUAAACGUGAAAUGCUAGCUUCAAUGCCUGUUCCUGAUGAAGGAACCGAGGGAGAAAAGACGGUUGACGUCGAUUCUCUCGUUCAAAGAGCAGGAAAUAUAUAUCCUGAUAAAAGCACUUUUUCUACUUUGUAUGAUGGCAUUCCAUUUAGUGAAAUUCCAAUAUUCAAUAUAAGUGUUACUAAAAAUAACACUGUGUUCUCAGUAACAGAUGCAAAAGGAGUUGUUAAACUUUUCCGGACUUGUGGUUUGGAAGGCUUCAAAAACGCCAGGAAAGGCACAAAUGUUGCUGCUCAGGCCACAGCCAUAGCCUUGGGAUCGAAAGCUUAUGAAAGAGGUUUCAAGACGGUGAGAGUUCGAGUGAGGGGGCUGGGUCCGGGACGUAUGACUGGAGAGCUCAUUCAAGCUAAUGAUUUCAUGUUGACUGGAGAAGGAAAGUGA